AAUAUCGCCUUCUGCAUGCACAACUACAACAUAAAUACAAAAAUGCAAUUUUUCUGAUGAAGAGAUUAAAAUCGAAUUUUUCGUAGACAGUAAAAUCUCAUGAUGGAUGAGUUUCCAGUGGUUGAAGUGCCAGCAGAUAAAAUUCUAAAAGAAGAAGAAUUCGAGCAACUCUAUACGGCGUCCACAGAAAUCAUAGUUAUACUCUCCAUUUUCUACGGCGUUAUAAGCUUCUUUGCAGUUAUUGGAAAUACGCUGGUUAUCUGGGUGGUGGUGACGACGCGUAACAUGCGUACCGUUACAAAUAUGUAUAUUGCCAAUUUGGCAUUUGCUGAUGUCGUCAUCGGACUAUUUUGUAUACCAUUUCAGUUUCAAGCGGCCUUAUUGCAACGCUGGAAUCUGCCAUGGUUUAUGUGUGGCUUUUGCCCCUUCGUGCAGGCGUUAACUGUAAAUGUGUCUGUUUUCACGCUCACGGCCAUCGCAAUUGAUAGGCAUCGUGCGAUUAUUAAUCCACUCAGAACUCGUCCUACAAAGCUUAUGUCCAAAUUAAUACUUGUUGGUAUUUGGCUAGUAGCGUUCAUUUUUGCUACGCCGUGUGCCAUAGCCUUCCGUGUGGAAUUAGAGCACGAACGUUACCGAGAAAACGGAAAAGUAUUCAACAUUACACGACCAUUUUGCAUGAAUAAAAAUCUCUCCGAGGCACAAUUACAAACGUAUCGCUAUGCGUUGGUGUUUAUGCAAUAUUUGGUACCAUUUUGCGUCAUUAGUUUCGUUUACAUACAAAUGGCUGUGAAGUUGUGGGGUACGCGGGCGCCUGGCAAUGCACAGGAUACGCGCGAUAUAACACUUUUGCGGAACAAAAAGAAGGUCAUAAAAAUGCUUAUAAUCGUUGUGGUCGUAUUCGGUCUUUGUUGGCUACCUCUGCAGCUGUACAACAUUCUUUAUGUAACCUUCCCGGAGAUUAAUGAAUACCAUUUUAUAAGUAUAAUUUGGUUUAGCUGUGAUUGGCUGGCGAUGAGUAAUAGCUGCUACAAUCCCUUCAUUUAUGGAAUUUAUAACGAAAAAUUUAAGCGUGAAUUCAACAAACGUUUCGCUACUUGUCUCUGUGGGACUCACACAGUAAUAGACGGGCAAGAGCGUGCACUAUCUAUGCAUACCCGGGCCAGUUCGAUACGUUCCACCAGUUUGCCCAACUCAUCCGUACGUAUACGAAGUAACAUGCAUGGCGUUGCAGCAAGCAGCAACGGAGGAAAUGUAUCUCAAACGAAAAUUCCAGCAAUUUCUACGUCGAACAAUGCCAUACCACACAAUAGUCUCACACAUGCCAAAGAUCGGGCGCACAAUGAUGCCAGUUGCAAUGUAUAUUUAGAUCUAACAACAUUUGAUUCUCAACACCACAGCAGUAUUUGCAGUAAUAAUAACAGUAUUACAAACAUUUACAAAAGCCAUUCGAACUAUAACCACUCGAAACAAGUGGAAGCUAUUCAGGAUGAAAGUGAACUAGAAGUGUUGCUCUAAUAUAAGAAAAAAAGAAAAAAAAUCAAAAGUGGUUAUUGAAAAAUUGCAUACCUAAGAGUGCAACAUCAGUGAUAGCCAACAGUGGCACGCCUGCAUACGACGAUAAUCAAAAUAGGUAUUAUGAAAAUACGAGUUUAUUUUUAGCACUUCAAUUCUUACUGUUAAAUCAAAGCUACAAAAAUGUUGCAAUAUUUCGUAAUGUGUACUCGUAUAGGGAUAUACAUGCAAUAACAAUUAACAUUUUAAGGCUCUUAUCUAAUACUUUGAUUUUGUUGUAAAAUUUUGAGUUGGCUUUUGCUAUACAAAAUCUGUGAUCAAAUUAAAAGGUUUUUCGUGAUUUUCAUAAAGUCAAUACAGAUUUAUUUAAGUUAUAAAGUUAGCAUGUAAGUUUGUUACUUUUAAUCAAGUUGAA